AUGUAUUGCACCUACCAUGUUCAAAAUCAAGUAUCACUUAUAUGCAUAGCAACUCACAAGUGUGAAUUGAACAGAAAAAUGUGUGUAGAAUGCCAAUAGGAGCAUGGCGUGGAUUUGAAAUAAACACUUCCUCUAAAAUAGGUUGAAGAAAUGGUCAAAAAUAAGUUUAAAGAAUUUCAGCUUGAUGAUACAUCUGAUAUAACAAAAGAGAGAAUGAAAUAUAAAGCCAUGCUCUCUUAAACAGAAAGUUCAAUAAAGAAUAUUUUGGAUGAGAUAUCAAAAUUAUUCGAAUAAACAUUUGAUAGGGUUGAAUAGGAAAGUAAAUCAUUCACUAAUCUAAUCAACAAUAAUCCUAAUUUAGCCAGCAUUUCCAAUAGUGAAUUAAAUAAAUUAGUUGAAAUUUUAUAAUGGAACAAUUUAAAUGAUUUUAUAAUUUAGAAAAAUUUAUAUUUGGUUAGGUUGGAGAAUUCACGGUUUUGGUGGGAACAAGAAGUUUAGGCAUUUGGUGAGAAGUUGAAAACAGUAAUGAAUUAAUAUAUAGAAUUUUUCAGGUAAUAAUUUAGCAAUUUUCAAAGUGUUAAACCAGUUAGCCUAGAUGCCGAUCUUAUAUAAGAAUUAGAGAUGAAGAAUUAAGCAAUAUUAGAAUACAAACAAAUAUUUAUAGAUAAAAAGUAAUUAUUAAAUAAUGAAAUUAAAACAAACCAAAAUGAAAUGAUUGAUUUAUAAAUUGAAUUAGAUGUCCUAAAACUUGGUGAUACUAUUAUAACUGUAAACGUCAAAAGUUUUAGUACAAAUGUAAGUUAAACCUUCUAGAUGUAAUUAAGGGAUAGUAUCAGUGACCUUUACAUACUGGCAGUUAAUGAAGGAAUUCACAAAGGAUCACCUUUAGAUUGUUGUUUACUUGUGCCAUCUAAAAAUAUCAAAUAUGCUUCAUCUGAAUGGAAAUAAAGAUUUUAAGAAAUUUUCAUACCAAACGAUUACACUAAUAAAACAAUAACACUAGAAUUUUGUUAGUAUGAUAUCUAAACCAAUCGAUAAAUUUACGAAGGCAAAUGA